GUGGAGCGCGGUGCAUUCACAACGGACGACGGUUUUCGCCGGCGGCAACGGGUUUUCGAAGCUUCUUCCUUUCGCGCGCGCUUUCACCGCGGGAAACAAAGAUCCUACGGCGAGACGCGGAUUUUCUCGACUCCGGAGGAACGGGGAAAGGGGAAAGCAGCCCCGGUGCAUUACCGGUCGCCGUGGGAGGCAGGAUAUCCCGGCGCAGCGAGGAAAUAUUUGCCUGAAUUAAGUGGACGCCGCUCUGAUGCCCGUUAUCGAGGCCGGGACGCCGAGGAGAUGUCUCGAAGACGCCGCGAGAAUCUGUAAAUCGUUCGCAGGUGCUCGCGAAUCUCGAUCGCCCGAGGAGUACACGCGAGACACGGACGAGCCGCGAUGUUUCGCGCGCAUAAGGGCUCCGCGGGGAAACGAGGCUUCCGUUUUUUCCGGUGAAUUAUCGUUCACGCCGGCCGGGACGGCCCUCGGACGCGGCCGUACGCGCGAACGGUAUUCAUGGCGAUCGAUCGGCGCGCCGGUAUUAUCAUGUAAAACGACGGACAUGUAAAUUCGGGGCGAAUCGGCGAGCCGAAGGAACGUAACGCGCGAUCGACCGCGUGCCCGCGAUACGGAGAGAUUGAGGAGCAACCGAUCGAGCGUCGAUGAUCAGACGCGGGACCCACGUGGACCAGUCAACGCGGCUUGCACGCCGAAAAUGCGCAUCUGCCGUCUGUCUUCGUGGCAGAAAGACAGCAUCGGACGCGGGGUGACGCGAUGAGCGGCUGAGGCGGGUCACGGGUCGAGGAAUCUUCGUUCGAUUCCCAUGCACGGCCUGACCGACCUCCGAGGAAUCCCAUGGUCGAGAGGCGAGAAGGAGCAUGACGUAGCCGUCGACGAGGGGGGCGCUUCGGAUGCUCCGGACUGCCGACUAGGGUCGUAUGGAGGGGAAGGACGUAAUCACCACGGAAGGCACCCUGCUUCUAAACCUGACGACCAUCGCCACACGAGACGUCGACGGCUUCUUCGGAGGAUUUCCCGGCAAAAACUCGCCCUACACGGCCACGCAGGCAAUACUUAUCGCCCUGGUGCUUGGUACUAUCAUCGUCGGAACCGUGAUCGGCAAUAUACUGGUCUGCGUCGCCGUGUUUCUCGUUAGGAAGCUGCGAAGACCUUGCAACUACCUGCUGAUUCUGUGCCAUAACGAAGCCACUGAAAUACGGGGUGAAAAGGACUCCGCGGCGGAUGAUCGUCUACGUCAGCCUGGUGUGGCUGGGCGCGGCCUGCAUCAGCCUGCCGCCGUUGCUGAUUAUGGGGAACGAGCACACCUACUCCGACACCGGGGCGUCGCACUGCGUUGUCUGUCAGAAUUUCUUUUAUCAGAUCUACGCCACUCUGCUGAGCUUCUAUAUCCCUCUCUUCGUCAUGAUCCAGGUCUACUACAAGAUAUUCUGCGCGGCGCGCAAGAUAGUCCUGGAGGAGAGGAGGGCGCAGAGCCACUUGGAGGCUCAUUGCUAUCUCGACAUAGAGCCCGCGGUGCAGCAGCACCACCACCACCACCACCCGGUCCCUGUGAACCGUCAAUUAAGCACCGACAUACACGCGACCCACGGAAGCCCUCCCGUGAAACAGCACCGAAGUUCCAGCGCCUCGACGACGAUACGAUCGAAUCGUCAUGGCGAUACGCAGGCAAAUAUGACAGCGUGCAGCGGCCACGCGGUGCGCUGUUUCGCCGGCGGGCCGCGCAAGAGCAACGAGUCGCAGUGCCCGAUGCUGCAGAAGCUGGAGAAGCCGAUCCUCUCGUCGUCGACGGCGACCACGCCGCCGAUGACGUCGACGAAAUCGACGAUCGUGAGGAACCACCUGAACAGCACGUGCAGCGUGACGAACUCGCCGCACCAGAAGAAGCUGAGGUUCCACCUGGCCAAGGAGCGGAAGGCCAGCACCACCCUGGGCAUCAUAAUGAGCGCGUUCAUCGUCUGCUGGCUGCCGUUCUUCGUGCUGGCGUUGGUCAGACCGUUCCUGGCCGACCCGGACGCGAUACCCGCGUUCCUGUCGAGCCUGUUCCUCUGGCUGGGCUACUGCAACAGCCUCCUGAACCCGAUCAUCUACGCGACGCUGAACAGGGACUUCCGCAAGCCGUUCCGCGAGAUCCUCUACUUCCGCUGCAGCAACCUGAACCACAUGAUGAGGGAGGAGUUCUACCAGAGCCAGUACGGCGACCCCGUCAACAACUACGAGAUCAAGGCGGGCGAGAUGGACGCCGGCGAGCGCCUCGACAAUCAGGGGGUCGAGGCGAUCGACGUCGCAGCGAACGUACCCAACGAGAGUUUCCUGUGAUCCGGAAUGAACCCGUUCUGAAACUUUCCGGAUGGGUCCGCCACGGCGACGCAACGUCGCGCGCUGCCUCGCCGAGCACCCGUCACGCUGGUCAAUUAAUCACUCGAGAGCCCCGGGGUCGGGCGUCUUGAUCGCAGACCGACAGCUGUCUUCGUUGCGGAUCGUUCCGCGAUCCCGCUUCUACGGUCGAUAGGUUUCCGGUGACCUGACACGGACGAUCUCGAAGAUAACCGAAGAACCGUUUAGGCGAAUUAGGGGCAGCCGGUUCUUCCGCGCGGAGAGUCGAAUGGCGCCCGCCGCCAUUUUCCGCGCGGCCAUGUCGCGGCCGGCGCGUAACAAUGGCGGGAAGAACUCGGGACCCUCGCGCUGCUCGCGAAGAGGCUAAACUACCAAAGAGAUGUUCCCCUUGGGUCUCUGACGCGCUCGGCGAUCCCCUCGUUAGGGGACGCACGUAGGAAACCUUUGAUGCUUGAUAAUUAAGAACGUCUUUCGCUUAAUGUAUCCAGGCCCUGUGAACGGCGGCGUCCCGCGCUCCUGAAUACCUUACGAUCGCGCGGUAAUGGCCGAAACGCGGCUCGGAGGGCGUACAGACGGGUUUGCAAUCAAUGAAGGGAACAGGUUGCAAACGGUAACCGAGUUGCGACAACAUGUGCUGCUGGUCGGAAGUUUUCGAGCUGCUUUCGAUUUUGGCGAAACUUCGUCCGCGACGGCCGUGUACUCGUAAGGCACGAGCAAACUUGUGUACUAAACCAUUCGACGCUGCAGGUUUCCGCUGGAAAUGUUCGGUUUUCGAUGAGGUAUAGAUGACAGGGUAUUAAUCAGUGAUCGUGACAAUGGUUGUUGGAUUGCGCUAAUCGAGUCCACUUGUUGAUUCGCCUUUUAAACCGCGGUGAUUAUUGAACGGUUAUAUUCUCGUCGGUGGUCAAUGAUUUUUUAGAGACUGUCGAAUAAACUAUUCUCAGACGAAGCGUCGAAGUCCUUGAAAAUAAUGCGCAUCUCUGUUUCUUUUCCGUUCCGUGCGAAAGGUGCUAACAGAAGGUAAACUGGCUGCGCAAUAUUUUCCAUGGCACCUCUGCAUCCGUGGAUAUAAUUACUGGUACCUUGACUCUAGAGUUUUCCAAGUAAACGCGCGUUAACAAUAAGUGAAAUUUGCGUAACAAAUGAACGUUCGUUUCACCACCUCUCGACCUUUGACCAGCAGCGCGUUGUCCACAAUGAUGAGACUAACCCACGCGAGUGGAAAGCUACGAGUGUACGUAAGAAGUAACGACAUUGUUAUUAAAAUUGCGCAACGUGUAUUAUUUCAACUCGAAUUAACAUGUUCCCUCGUUUAUUCCUUUUUAAACGUCAACUGCACCCGUGGAUACAUCAAUUCCGAGCUGCUUUCCGGCCAGUACCGUAAACCAUUGUACAAAAGUUACAGAAGUAAUGUGUGUAGUGUUACGUCGAUAAUCUCGAACGGUAUGUAACUAAGUAGGCAAGAGAUUUCUCGAAGCUAGAGACUUAAUCGAUCUAAAUGUACGAAGCGUGUCUACCAUUGCACACGAAUUUCCAAGCCCGGCUCCAAGCUGCGCGCGUUUUCGACGCGAAUCCCCGACGCGACGUGAUCAAAGUAUCCGUUCGAAUAAUUAAAAUCACCGAGCACCGAUUGAAAUUAAACUCAAACGCGAGUUGGAAACAACGACCCGGGGAAACGAUGUUAUUUCAUUUGUUAAGAAUAAUAGACUUCGUUUCGAUUCGGUUAAAUGAAUCUUAUUAAGCGUUUCCAAACUAGAUUCCGGAGAGAAUGGGGAUCAAUAUGAAUUAAUUCGUACGGUAACGCAGGCACCGAGCACCUAUCAAUGUUUUAAUAACCAUUCACCGGGUGUAUCGAUUAUUCGCAAUAUUCUCUCAACGAAACGGUACUUUCGCGAGUGUCCCUUAAAUUAGUUCGUCAAUAAUGACACGGGUCUCGCGGAUAUCGUGUCGCGGCGCGAUACAAAUCGAGGCGUACGAUUCUCUUCGAAAUAAAUACUGAAUUCUGUCACGUAAUUUGUGGACGGGCAACCGCGCCCGACGGAAGAAAAUCCAGAGCUGGAAGAGGAUGUCGGGCAAAUAACAAAUACCAUUGGGAAACGUCAAUUGAGGAUCGAGUACUCGGUCGGAAAAUUACCCGUGACGCGCGAGGGUAGUAAAACCGUCGAGAUGGUUUCUUGCACCUCUGGAGUGCUAUUACGGAAAAUGUACUUCCCAUUUGAAUCGUUAACUAUCCUCACAAUUAGUAAGGCAGGGAGCUGCGAGCAAAGGAACAUUGCCGUGUGAUCCGACGAUAAAGACUGCUCCGAAUAAAUAGAAAAGCGACUUCGACUGUUCGAACGGACGAGUCUUCGCUCGAUAGGAAAUAAAGGGGAGGCUAAUUUCCCAAGCUGGUUUCUAAUCGAAAUAACUUAUCGAAUUCUUAGAAACUUUAAUCAUCUUUGCGGUAAAAACGAUUCAAGAGGAUCUCUUCCCAAGCGACUCGUUCAUAAUUACUCGUAAAAAUUCAUUAAAAAGUGAAACACUCUCGCGGAAGCUGCAAGAACGCGUUUCCCGAGAUUCCAACCGAUUUUCGCACCUAUCUUCAUCGACACGAUGCGUUGAAGAAGUAUAAUCGAGAAUUUAGAGAAAGUCGAUGUAAAGGAAACGUUUAAGGUAAAGCACCGGUAGUUGAGCACUCGAGAAAAAUUGUCUUAGUUAAUUCCCCGUUAGAAAUUAGAGGCGCACAGCCGACGUCACUGAAGUAAAUCGUUAGUUUCCACGAUAAACGAUUUAAUUCAAGUAAAAGCGUUUCGUAAUUGGGUCGCUGGAUGCUGCGGCGUAUCAAUCACGCCUUCGUCGGAAGAUUAUCACCGCUAAAAACCUUGUUUCUUACCUUUCCCUGAAAAAUCGUCCACCGAUACCGGGUCAAUCGCCGUUGCCUUUGCCUUGGUAAUUCUGGGACGACAACAAGAACCGGCGGAAGACGUUUAGGAUAGAAGGUAACAGGACGUCGAGGAAUUUCAGGAAAUGGGUCCUCGAGCCAGGGACCACGAUCGAUCGGAAGCCGGCGGAAUUGAAUCCUCGGCGUCGCCAGCGAGACAAUGCGACCGGCGUGAACUUCGAAUUUUUCGUUCCGCCGGAAUGAAAAGUUUAUGGUGCGCCGUACCUGUCCACGGGAGUCCACUCUCCGGGCAAACAACCGAGUUUACAGAGUCCAUAAAAAACAUAUAUAUCCAAAUAUGAAACGUGUCGCCAUUUAUUUAUCGCCGCGUCCGCGCUUGCUCCGAGCGACCGGCGAACAGUCAUCGUCCUGGAGUAAACGAAUUACCGUUACAACGGAAAUUCCUCGAACACUCGUAACGAUAAAUAUUGAAGGUAUCCUCGACGGUGUUUUCAUUGGAAUGUUCGUGGAAUUAUUUUUGCACGGUAAUUUACGCGACAAGAAGGAUAAAAGAACAUUUCUCCCGUGAUUCUGUUUAUAAAUUCCGUGGAAACCGAAUUAGACGCUUGAUGAUCGAACAUUCAGUUUCACAGAAUAGUUAGAUGAUUAUUCUAUCGAGCACACUGUAAAAUGCAUACUCGGAUAAUAAAACUUCCCACUGCCGAUGGACUUGUCCGAACGAGGCUAUCGGUGUCUAAUUUACGAGCUCGCUGUAUCGUUUCCAGCGCGUAUGCAUCAAACGAGCGCAGCACCUCUCACUCGCGUUGCGUCAGUUCAAUCGUCAAUCUCAUUGCUAAUCGCUAAACUCGUCGCUUGCUGGAUUCCAUCUUAGAAGCAACACGGCCUGACGCAAGGAAAAAGAGAUUCUAUUAAAACUGCUGCUAAUCGACUAAUUUCUCGCGAAGAAUGCAUUGCUAAUGCAACCUUCAUGCAUUUCGACAAUCUUUACGACAAAUAUCGCUCGACUUGCUUAGCUAAACUGCUUUUGUUCCUAUAGCAAAGGCACGCGAUCUCUUUUACCGAUUUCUCCGUUAUAUCCCGUAGGUUCGAUCGAUUUGGCAAAUGAACAGCUCGUAACGAAGGAAUUCUCGAGCAAAGGACUGCCUAAAACGCGAUAGGAGUAGAAACAGCGUUAUUGUCGUAACAAAAGCGCGAUAUAGUUUAUCGUGGACAACAAUCGCGGUGACCUUGCGUAAAACUUUGUUCCGAGCGCGUUGCUUUACGGUGUACGAGUUAAAGUCCAGUUUAAAAGGUAAUAACGAUCGUUGCGCAUAGAUACGGAAAGCAAAAGUUUCCCGCGGAUAAAACUAUUUUAACGCGGUCGCGUGAAAUCCGGCCGCGCGGCUGUACGAAAACCUCGCCGAUAAGAACAGUCGGAGGCUCGCUUUACGAUCGCGAUUGCGGCUCGGAUUUUUAAGGCGUUCGGCCGCCCAAGGUGAACGCCAGAAAUAACACCGAACAAGAAAAACCGCUGUGUCCUUUGACCCUUCAUCCUGCGGCUUCUUUGGCACCUGCCCUCUUCGAAGCCCUGUUGUUAAUUAUUCAUCGGAGAGAAGAUUUCUAUGUUCACUGUCGGUCUAUAUUCACUGCGACGAUUAAAUAUUCAUGAGAGCAAAAUAAAUUUAAGAAUUUCAUUAAUUUAGUAACUUAAUUUAUUUACAUUCGAUUUAAAGCAGAUUUAGUUUCAAACUACCAAAAUGAGGCAAGAGGUCCAAUUUCUCUCGACAACGCGUUGUCUCUUAAUUCUUAUAGUCAAGUUACAUUAGAUUGAUCGGAAAAUCUCGUCGCAUUUUUCAGAGUUCAAAGAACAAUUUCGAUGCCUUGCGUGUUUUACUCGAAAACUUUCUAUUGCCUUUUGGCUUACCCGUUCGCAAUGUUUAUCAGUAUAUUGUAACGUGAACGACGCAUUGAAAAGUGAAACGACUAGACUUUCCAUGGAAACUAAAGGGAAAUAAAGAGUCAUCACCGUCGGAUCGUUGUUUAUUCGCUUGGAACGUCUUCCGUGGUUCGCGAAACUUUUAAUUUGAAAAGUUCACUACACGCUCGCGAGAAACGCGCGGUCAGCGAUGUGUUAAUGUUGUUUGUACACCGGCGAGGUUGACUCUUCGCCGUGGAAAUCACGGGUGCACUCUUCUCCCUCUCGCGAUCGCAUGUCCAAUAUCAUUCCCGGCGGCACGCAAUCUUACAAUAUUGUCUUUCAAUUGAAAUUCUUCCGUGAAAGGAAAUGACUACCGUCCUGCGAACCUUCUAUUAAAGAACUGGAAUAACCGGCCCGAAGGUGAGGGAAAUCAAUUAACCUGAUAAUGAUAAUAGCGGCUCGCCGCCACUUCUGGAAUCGCGUAUUUUCGAGAGCCCAUCUGCAUGGAAAAGGUGCUUUGUUAAUUAUCUACGACUGAAAGCAAUUGUCGAGGAAAAUUUCAAAUAGAAGUUAGCAAACGUAAACCUCAUUCCACUCAUUCGACUCGAGAUUAACCAUGGUUUCUCUAUCAAUUAUCAUCUCCGAAAUAAAUGUAGCCAUUGGAAAAAUAUGUAAUUCUUCACUUGUUCUAAUAAAUCUUUAACAAUAAAAUUGUUCGACAGGGUCACAGACCAAGAUGUUCAAAAUCAGAUCGCGACCGAAGGAAUCUCGGGAUGCGAAAUGGAUGAAAUAUCCCCUUUAGUCGCCACGUGUUUCAAAUAAUAUCAAUUACCAUGUUCUACAUUCCAGAAUUGUUCUCGAAAUAAACAGCGAUCGGAAUUUUUCCAUACGCGGGAGGUGUUUGAUUGGUUUCCGACGAAACUUGGCCGAGAAUAAAAGAGCGCGAGAAAAGCCUCGCGAUUGAUAGGAAAAAAUCGGAAUAAACGGCCCUCGCGUGUCGGUGUGCGUACGGGACGCGUCCGGCCAAUCGUGGAAUUGGCAGCCGGCGAAAAAGCGAACGGUGAAAACGGGAAAACGGACGCGACGCGUGUGCCGCGGAACGCGUGGUGUCCUGACCUGGAUCUUUUUAAGGUGGCAGCUAAAGAAGGGAAGGCUCGCGGGCAGGCGGGUAAUAAAGCCGCGCUGCUGAAGAGCCAUAAACGUGUAGCUGGCUCCGAAACCAGGGCAAUACACGUUAAUCGUAUGCGAGACAAAACAACCGUGCCCGAUCCAUCGAACAGAGCGCAAAACCGCGUGCGCCGUAAUGGCCGUUCGAUGGAUUUUCUCGCGAAUUUUCGAGCGACCCGAGCGGCGCGAUCGUUUUUGCAUCGGUUCGAUGCAGGGAAUCGCCUCGGCGGUUAAUUGAACUUGUGAAGAGAUCGGUUCUUCGUUUAAACGACGAACUAUAAACGCUAGAACAUUCUUUUGCUAAUAGUAACGAUUUAACAGACAGUUUCGGAAAUAGAAAUUCUUUGAACCACGAAGAAUAGACACUUUCUGACAUUUUGGGCUAAAGGUUUGUAAUAGUAACAAUUGAGUGACAGUGGAGAUAUUUAGUACUGAUAUUCAUGUGUUACAACAGUUAAAAAUCAAAGCAAGUGCAGGGAAAGCGAUAACUCCGUUCGAAUUCUAAACAUGAAUCUUUCAGAGUCGAUUCAUAAACGAACGCUUCCCUCGCGGGAAAUUAUUUCACGAAGCCGUUUCCUUUUCAACAGAACUCCGUUAUUUGGAAGAGCUUCGGCAAACUCGUGUCGCGAGCGUUACACGGAAAGUAAACGUUUCACGAGACUGGAAUGAUUUCGAUCGAGCUGAACGCGACACAAGACGGAUCCAGGGACGCGCAGUUUCUUUGUACGCCCGCGGGUCAACUCGUUUGCACCGGCGGAUACUUGAAAUACCAGUUCCAUUCGCGGAAAAAUCGUAACGCGAGCUAUAAAUGGACUGUCGGGGGAAAUCGCGUCGCUGGUAGACACGUGACACUCUAAGAACUAUAUAAAUAUUGUAUUAAUAUGUAGGUACAACUAUAUACGGUGCUACACGGGAGAACGUAAUUCCAGUUGACGGCCAUCGUUUCCAGAAAGGGAUGAUUUUCUUCGAAGUGCGAGGAGUGUAUGGUUUAAGUCGGGUCGAAACUUUGCGGAGAAUUUUACGAAUGUUAACCGGUGUUCCUGUGGUUGCGAGCCGAGACGAUGAAAGUCGCGAGUUUUCCCUGUUAAAUCGUUGAAAUUGAUAUUUUAAAGUGUCGCUUUCCCGGUUUCGAUAUUCGUGUCUUCUCAUUCUGCGAGAAGAAAUCUUUCAAAAGCGAUUCAUUUCUGUCGCGUAGGAAAACUUCUGGGAAACGCGGCUUGUAAAGUUUCAUCCUGCAGCCAUAGGAAUGUUACACGUAUAAUUAUACAUAGUAUACAUAUAUUUAUAUAUAUUGUUGCACUAGAAUUGAAUAUUUUAUUGUACGUUUAUUGCACUCGACGAUGAGAUAGUAUUGUUUGAACGAAAUUCUAUUUUACCUGAGAGUGGCAAGUGAUCGGAGUUUAAGGUGUACGUUGGAUAUUGUUGCGUACGAGGCGAGCUGUCGCUGUCGGUUCAUUUGUUGCGUAUAUAUAUAUUCCGGAGAUCAAAGUGUGUAUCGUUUCCGUGGUGUGCAAUGUUAAAGGUAAUUUCCACUUUGACACUUUUAAAUCUAUCGCGCGCGUCACGCGUGCCGUUAAAUCGAAUAACGCGUCGAACGGCGAGGCGACGCGACGUCUCUUUAAAGUUACGACCCGAUGAAGGAUUAAACGUAAUAUCAAUUAACACGGUAAUAGUCAGGCGCGUUAAGCGGAUUCUCGGACGCGUUGCCUAGGAGUCGUAGAAAGAGUAAGUGUAGAAUUAUGAUUCUCCGACCUGUCGCGCGCAAAUCAGUGUAAACCGCAUCAAAGAAUUAUCGGAGGAUAGAAGAAAUAUUUUUCUGAUACUGGUUCUCGUAUAGUUUGUAAAUGGAACCUGAGUAUUGAGCGUGUCGACGAGUAAUACACCGAUUGCGUUUAAUGAGCUGGCGACGAGAUUCAAAAUUGGAACAUCUUUCGCGCGCUUCGACCGACAAAAUGGCGUGCGGCGUUGCAGAAAAUUACAGAUUGAACUCGACACGAUAUGGUAGAUUACUCAGUGACGCGCUUAAUAUUAGUAUAACAAAGAUAAAGGAUAAUGAAAUAAAACGCUACUUGCUCAAAGUGUUAAGGGUUCCGAACGACAUGAAAAAUUGAUGAAAUUUCACUCGUUAGUCAGAAAAUUAUUCGCAAUCUGCCCUGAUGAUUAGCGUGUUGAUCUAUUCAUUUAGCCCCUCGUUUCGAUAUAUCGCAUCCAGUAAAGAACAAUUAAACUUUCCGUAGAGGUAUAUGUAAUAUAAUUUCGUGUUUUACGAUAAUUCGCUUUCUUCUCGUUGAUAACGAAUGCAUGGCGACGAGGUCUCGACGCAGAUUACGCGUUCACGUAAUUAAAACUUUUUCAUUUGGCUCCGCGCUUAGUUAUUAGGAUAAAGAAUUGGAUCUCCGGAACCUCGUUGCUCCAUUAGAACAAUUGCUUGCAUUUGAAUUAGCAAGAUUCCUCUCUGCUCGAAGAUUUUCUUAAUUCAAACGUCUCCCUUCCAUUCCCGAUUAUUCCGGAUUAGCGGGGUUUUUUCUGUGUUCUUUCAUUUGGACCUCCUGCUGCAGCCUCAUCUUCAUUUGCGCCAGAUUAGCCUGGUUAUACCGUGCUCUAAAUUUCUUUAAUUUACACUGGCCCGUUCGCUCCAGCUCUCCCGGCGUUUUAAUUCCGAGUCCGUUCGAAUGUUUUAGACGGUCCAAACGGACGAGGCCGUAUAUCGAGGAAAUUACAAACCGAGAUGAAGCACGCGAGGCGGAAAUAUCGAUAAUUGUAAGAAACGAAGGGUUAAAUUGAGGACCGAGACUGUCUGUCGAAAUUCCCCGCGUAAGAGCAAUCGAGCGAUCGAACGUUCGCCUCCAACUACGAACACAACGGUUUUGUCGCGAAAUCAUGAACAAUCGAGCUAUUGAACGGAGGUAAUUGUGAUAUAAUUCCUAUCGAUAUACAUAACGUGAUAUAAAGUAAAAUUUACCGAAUACCAACUUCUCUUCCGCGGCGAACGAAAAGAACAGGCGAGAAGACUUUACGCUCGGAAUCGUCCAAGUAACGCGUUUCCAGGGCACUCUUUUGUUCGGGUAACAAACGACAGCGUUGCUUUUCAAACGUGCCCGACUCGAGAACGGAUUGUUAUUUGCAACAACGUAUUCAUUAGAUUUAGGAAACGCGAGUUACUCAGACAGUCUCCGGCCUGGCUUUGCAUCCCUGAAACCACAACAAUGGCGCCCGACCGUACAAUCUCACAGUAGAACUGUACCGUUCCGAACCAGGGAAGGAAGACGUAUCACUAGCUAGACAAUCCUAGACGUUUCUAACGCGAGCUGUUUGUAUGUGACACAAAUCAAAAGUACGUACGUUACAUUAAAGUGUUUAAUCGAAGUCGGCCGGCACGGCGGGAACGGCGUUCUCGUGAUCCCCGUCGACGGGGAGGUAACGGAGACAAUCUCGCCGGCGCGCACCUAGAGAAUUCGACGAGGCUCAAGAAAGAAUUUAGAGUAUUAAACAAGUUAAACCGCUAAAACCAAAGCAUGUAUGAUCGGAGAUCGCUGUGUUAAAUGUGUAUAACUCGACUAUGUAUUUAAAUAAGAACGCGAACGGACGCUUCGCUUUACGCGAAACAACAGCGGCGGACACACGUUCGCCGCGAGAAGUCCUCGACGAUCGAUUGGGUGUACAUUUGUUCCUUGAAGUCUCGGUGAACUCGAUGUAAUUUUUAAAAAACACUAGGUGUACCUAGGCAGAUAGUUAACAUAAUCAUCAACUUCAGUAGUGCUGACGAUAUCCGCUGGCGGGAAACGGAGGACGGACCUACUCCGGCCGCGAACGAAACAAAAUGGCUUCCACCGCACGCCUAAUGGAGGAUUCGACGCGCUCCGAAGCACUCUCCACGGUCAAGCUUGCUCUUUCACUCGAUUCGACCGUUUUGUAAAAGCAUCGAUCGCUACCGAAUAGCAAUAAAGCGAAGGGAAGAACGAACGCAACAAUGAUACGUAAAAAUGUCCUGUUUCAAGCUCAACAAAAUUACCGUAGCAGGGUAAUCGGGAACUUCAAACAAAUUUAAUGUUAAUCCCCGGAUGAGAACACUUUCAAAUGAAGAUAACUGCUCGUUUUAUUAUUUCGUUCUCCUAAAUAAUGGAAUGAUUUUCCGAUCACGAUAGCGAAAUGCGAACUGUACGCUGUCCCGUAACUGAAUUUAUCGGUGAUUGCUAAUGAAAACGGUUUCGAUGUAAAUACACGAGACGACUGAUGUCCUCAGCACGAUUGAUCAAGAAUGAUGGUAGCCGAAACGAUUAUUCGAAUGUGUUUCAGUUGUACUUUCCGUAGGCUUUCUUCCGUUGGAAUUGUCAAUGAACUAGCAGGAUUGCGAAUGAUUCGCGUGCGUGCGGUGUAAACGAGACACGCGCGUCAUCGAUGUCGUCAUAGCUAAUGAUGUUUUAGGGAAUAAAAUUAGAAGGUAACGCGUUACAUUUAGGAUAUGUCUACGUAGGAACUCGGACAUAAAUCUCUGCUUUCGUACGUAAGCGUGAAGAUCUGCCGAAAACUAAAAUCGACGUUUACAGUGUCUAAUCAUUUCACGGGACAUUUACAUUAUAUUUUUUUACAUUCUUCCAUCGUUCGGAGAAUCGGGCAAAAUUUACGGACGCUCGAACGACGGCGGAACAGAAGGAACGAUCAAUGUUCGAUCGGUGGUAUCCCGAAGUCGAGUUCCGUUCUAACAAAAGCAACUUACUGGGGAAAUUUGAGUAACAGUUUCACUUAAGAACGAAUAUCAUAAGUUCUAAUAUACCAAAUAACAUAGGUAGGCUCCGAAAUUUCCUAAUUUCAAAUGAACAAAUCACUCGUUCAAAUCAGUCCAAUCCAAAAUUCUCGAUAUAACAAAAUCUAUCUUCAACAAUAUCACGAUUCUUCUAUAAAAACCACGAUAAUACAGCGACACGGAAGAAUAUUCGAGUGAAACGUUGAAUGGUUAGAGCCGGAUGCAUCGUUAUCAGAUUACCGGGAGCCGACAAUACUUCCCCGGUAAGAAUUAUCAAUAUCACCGUUCCAAGUCGAACAAAAAGUCCGAAAAGUGGAACACGGAAGACAAUCGAGCAACGCUCGCGUCGAAAAACGACGACGAACCGUGGUUCCUGUUACAUUCGGGGUCGGCGUUGAUCCGGAAGUUCUGCCCGAGGCUCGAACGAGGUUCCCUCUGCAAAAAGGAGACGAAAAGAACGGCACAAUAGAAGAGUCACAAAGGGUAUAAUUUUGUCAAUGCGUAUUUUUGAUACUAUAUCGAUAACUUCGUUAAGUUGGCGUCGAAAGUGUCACUGUGCGCGCGAGUCGUGACGCGGUUUCAGUUUUCCCGGAUUCGUGUUCGCCGACACGCAGGACUAGUCGCACAGUGCGGUCGCCUGUGGGCAAAACUCUGAAAUUCGACUAUUGGGAUAACUAAAAUAGGUCACCGAUGCGUUGCCAACAUGAUUUUCAUUUGAAAAAUAAACAUUUCGCGCGAAUGAACUCUUUCUCUAUUCGCGUAACGUUGGAAUCGAAACGUAAAGUAUCUUUCUGUCAUCGAAAACACUUUAUAAUAUCCCUGUAUUGUAAAAAAAAAUAUAAUUACUGUAUAUGUAGCUCUAUACCUUGCAACUUUUGUCCGAAGCAUUCGUUCGCAUCACUGGUACUUUCGAAGUUAUCGAGUUUUGUCCGGCGAACGGCCAUUUGGCCGCACUGUGGGUCGGAGGGUGGAGACGGAGACAGACAGAUCAAAGUUAACCUCGCGCGAAUGAAAUUAAACAUUGGACCGAUUAUUUCCGGCCGGUCGCGUCGGUGGCGGCGACGGCCGAGCGUUCUCACGUGAAUGUCAAACUCUCGAAGCGCAAUCGUGAUUAAUUCUCUGUAAAUACAUCAAGACAAGCAGAAACUUUUUAUGUAUGACCUCGUGCUCAUGUCGCGCCAGCGUAUAGAAACGGGUCGAUGUGAGGGUCUACGAAUAUUCUAAAAUAAAUAUCGUAAUGACUGAACGAAACUCUGUCCUUCUAUUUUCCCCUGAGAG